ACAACCCAUAGCACACACACACACGAGGAGCUUUGAGUUAGCUAAACACCAACAUGAAGGCGAACAGCGUUUCCAGAAUUUUUGUAAUAAUUUUGUGUGCGGUGGUUUAUGUCGCCGUUUUGGUCAUUAACGGUCUGGCUGGAGCGGGAAGAGGUGUCUUCCAUUCCUCUACAGGCAAUGUGUCGGCCCGCUAUGAGACGGACAUCACUCCAGCUGAUUGGACCUUCUCUAUCUGGGGUGUUAUCUACACCUGGCUCACCCUGAUGGUCAUAUACAUCACGUUAUAUGCUUUCAGAGGGUCUUGGGCUCAGUGUCUGCUGCCCUACGCCUUCUAUUUUUGCUGGCUAUCCAACAUGGUGAUGAACAUGAUAUGGCUAGUGCUGUGGGACAGAGAGUUGAUGCUGGCAGCUAUGGUUAUAUUAAUCCUGAUAGUCAUCACCAACUACUGCGCCUUGUUCUUCUGUUGCUUUGCCACAGAUUACUAUGGAAUGUGGUUACAGACUUACUAUCCCAAAGACCUGGCCUGUCUCAGAAUACUGGUCCAGAACGGUUUGGCUCUCUACACCACAUGGACAUCCAUCGCUUCUCUGAUCAACUUCUCAUUGGUUCUCCACCUGUGGGGUGUGGUCAAGAGCACAGCAGCAUCAGCCUCUCUUUGCAUCCUGUUUGCUGAGCUGAUGGGAUGGUUCAUCCUGGAGAACUGGGUGCUGGACCGCUGGGUGCGUAACAUUCUGACCGUCUACCCCGUGGUGAUUGUGGCUCUGAUUGGAAACGUCUUCAAACAUUUUAACCCAGCUGACCCCACUCCAAAUUCUAUCUUCAUGGUUGUACUGCUGGUUGUAGCAUGUGUCCUGUUGGUGUUCCGCAUCUGUACCGUCAUCUGGAGAAACAUGAGGCGACCCCUCUACUCUCCAGGCUCAGCGCGGUUGCUGGUGUCACCCCUCGAUGGCAGCAAAUUCAGGAUCCUUUCUUAAACAGUAGGAAUGUGUACAUUAUCUCCUGUCCCUGCUGGACACACUCACCUAACUCACUGCUAGGUUCAGGGGGAAAAUCUGCCACUUUUAUUAUGAAGUUUUACACUAGUAAGGUGUUGAAGUUGUAAUAGAUUCUUUUAAUAUGAAGUUUUACACAAGGUAUGGUGUUCAAGUUGUAAUGGGUUCUUUAAUUAUGGAGUUUUACACAAGUUACGUUCAUUGCCGACACAACAUGUAUGAAAACUGCAUUUCUCUCGAUGGACAGUUUGAGAUUUGAUUGGACAAAGGAAAGAACAGGGAAGUGUUUCCAGAUUGUAAUGGAAGGCAGUAAGAUGAUGCAACACUGACACAUCUGAAACACUGUUAUUAAAAUGAAAAUGAUCAAAUGACCACUCAUUUUGUUAUUGUCUAUAUGUAAAGUACUUUAGAUACAAAGAUUGAUUUGACUACCAUUUUUCUGUAUUAGUUUUUUUUAAGCAGUUAUUGUUGUUUUUUUUGGGCUUAUUUUGUAUUCAUAUAGUGGCAAAAGACUAUACACACUAUCAAUAUGUGUUAGCACUUUGACAGUAUAAUUUGAUUAAGUAAACAGCAAUUUUUUGUCAAGUGCCUUGAGCUUUGUUUGAUUCACUCUCAUUUACUAAUAAAAUUUCUCACAUCUAA